AUGGAGGUGGCGCAGAAGGGAUGGUCUUAUUCGCAGUACGGCUCCGCCGUCAGGGAUCUCCAAUUCGGCACCGUUCCUCUGCCCGAAGUCGCACCCGACCAGGUGCUCAUUAACGUGUCAGCCGCUGCGCUGAACCCCAUCGACGUUAAGAGGAUGCGCGGCGCGUUCAAGGAGACCGAUUCGCCGCUUCCCACGGUACCAGGGUACGACGUGGCGGGCACGGUAGUGGCGGUGGGGAGUGCCGUCACCAAGUUCGCAGUGGGCGACAGAGUCUUCGGCGACAUUGACGAGUUCGCCACGCUCAUGCCCAAGCAGCUGGGCUCGCUCGCGCGUUUCACGGCGGCCGAGGAGAGGCUCCUCGCUAAGAUCCCCAACAACAUGUCCUUCGCUGAAGCUGCUGCGGUGCCGAUGGUGGCGCUGACGGCACUGGGAGCGUUGGAGGCGGCGAACUUCAAGCACGGCCAGUCCGUGCUCAUCCUCAACGGCGCUGGCGGCGUCGGAUCCAUGGCCAUUCAGGUGGCGAAGCGGGUGUUCGGAGCAGGGUUCGUGGCGACGACGGCGAGUCUGCCCAAGGUGGGGCUGUUGGAGGCGCUGGGAGCGGACCACGUGGAGGACUAUCGCACCAUGGACUACACGCGCCUGCCACAGCUCUAUGACUGUGUGCUCGACUGCGUUGGCGAGGCGGAGCGCGCAAUGAAGGUGGUGAAGCCAGGCGGCGCGUACGUGUGCCUGACGGGCUCCUCCCCUGCGCCAGCAGUGCGCUUCAACAUGGUAUCCAGCGGGGCCAAGCUGCAGCAGCUGCUGCCCUUCUUCGCACGCGGGGAGCUGAGGGCCGUCAUCGACCCUCAUGGCGUCUUUGCUCUCUUUGCUGUGCCGUCCGCGUUUGAGCACCUCGAGUCGGGCCGCGCCACCGGCAAGGUUGUGGUGGGCGUGCUGUGA